UAAAACUAGGGUAAGCAAGACAGACAGACCCUUUCAAACAAGAAAUGCUGGAUUAAUGGAGAGCACCCUCCCCUGUCCUCAACCUCCGGCCAUCCUUGGCUCUCCGUUCUGCUCCUCCAUUCUCUCUCCACCUCUGCAUGCCAACCCAGCCACGCGCGCGGACCACCAACAACUAUUGACCACUACGACCGACGACGCCGAUCGAUCCCCCAUUGCCCGCCCCCUCUCCCCCGCGCGCCCGGCGAGCAAUGGACAGCCGGAGCCAGGCACCCCUCAAGUCCAGCAGCUUCUCCUCGGCCACCUCCAACAAGGCCACCCGGGAGGUCGACCGCAACCUCUCCCUCGGCGCCCUCCGGCAUGGCGACCACGACCGGAGGGGCGCCCCCGCCGGCGCAGCCACCUGGGAGCAGAUCAACGAGGAAGGCGAGGAAGAGGAUGAUGACGGGAGCGGCGAGCCGGGCCCGGGCGUGUCCGCCUUGUCGGGGGAGAUCGAUGCCUUCAUCGCGGGGCACGACGCGGGCGUGAGCAUCCCGGAGGCCACGCUCGAGAGGUUCGCCGCCGCCGUCGAGCAGGAGAUCGCGCAGUCCGAGAAGGCUCGGGAUAAGUGGGCGGCCGACGGCAACGGCGAGUUGCUCCUCGCGGCCAUCGCGCGCGUCGCAGCGCUCGCGUCCGUGCUCGCCAAGAACACGGAGGCCAGCGCCAAGUACGCCUCUGGCGCGCACCGGGUCACCGCCGUGCUGCACCAUGCCAUGUCGUUCCUCGAGGACGAGUUCCACGCGCUGCUCGAGCCCAAGGCGGCCGACACCUGCAAGCUGGCAAGACGGCCAGCGUCCUUCGAGCAGGGAGGGCACGAGGCCGACCGGUGCGUCCUCCGGCCGCCGGACAACGCCGCCCACUCCGCCCAUGCAGAAUCCACGCAGACGUACCCGCCGGAGACCGUGGACCGGCUGCGGUCCAUCGCUGACACCAUGGUGGGCGCCGGGUACGUGACGGAGUGCACGCAGAUGUUCCUGGUGGCGCGCCGGAACGCGUUCGACGCGUCGCUGCGGGCGCUCGGGUACGACAAGGCCAGCAUCGACGACGUGGUGCGGAUGACGUGGGAGGCGCUGGAGACGGAGAUCGCGACGUGGAUCAAGGCGUUCCGGCACACCAUCAGAAAGGGCUUCACCACCGAGCACGAUCUCUGCGCCCACGUCUUCACCGGCCGCCACGCCAGCGUUGGCAGGGCCAUCUUCGCAGACCUGGCCCGCUGCGUCAUGCUCAACCUGCUCAACUUCACGGAGGCCGUGGCCAUGACCAAGCGCUCCGCCGAGAAGCUCUUCAAGGUGCUCGACAUGUACGAGUCCAUCCGCGACGCGUCCCCCGUCAUCGACGCCUUCCUCUCGGUCUCCGCCAACGACGAGCCCGCCGCCGGCUGCAACAGCGACGCCCUCACCGACCUCAAAGCCGAGAUCGCCGCCGCGCGCUCCCGGAUCGGCGAGUCGGCGGCCAGCAUCUUCUGCGAGCUGGAGAGCUCCAUCCGCGCCGACGCCGGCAAGCAGCCCGUCCCGGGCGGAGCCGUGCACCCGCUCACACGCUACGUCAUGAACUACCUCAAGUACACGUGCGAGUACAACAGCACGCUGGAGCAGGUGUUCCGGGAGCACCGCCGCCGGGACGACGGCGGCGACAACCCGUUCGCGGCGCAGCUGACGGACGUGAUGGAGCUCCUGAACACGAACCUAGAAGGGAAGUCGCGGCUGUACAAGGACCCUGCCCUGAGCAACAUCUUCCUUAUGAACAACGGGCGGUACAUGCUGCAGAAGAUCAGGGGAUCGCCGGAGACGAACGCCAUGCUGGGCGAGACCUGGGCGAGAAAGCAGUCCACCAACCUGAGGCAGUACCACAAGAACUACCAGAGGGAGACGUGGAACCGCGUGCUGACGCUGCUCCGCGACGACGGCGUGCUCACCGUGAAGGGCCACGUGCAGAAGCCGCAGGUCAAGGAUAGGUUCAAGCAGUUCAACUCCGCCAUGGACGAGAUCCACAAGACGCAGGGCGCGUGGGUGGUGAGCGACGAGCAGCUGCAGUCUGAGUUGCGGGUGUCCAUCGCCGCCGUGGUGGUGCCGGCGUACCGGUCGUUCCUGGGACGGUUCGCGCAGACGUUCAGCGCCGGCAGGCAGACGGAGAAGUACAUAAAGCUCAGCGGAGAGGACGUGGAGGGGAUCAUCGACGAGCUCUUCGAUGGCAACCCGUCAUCCAUGACUAGGAGGAGGUAGAAAUUAAGCACAGGAAAGCAACCAACAACAAUGGCGCCGGCCGGGAUACAUGCAUGCAUGCGGUGCACCAACACAAGACAUGGAUCGGUUAUUAAAACAGCGGGAGGGGAGAGCAUUUGACCGAGCUCAUUCUUGGUUUAAGAAAUGUAUGUACUAUUAUUAAUCGUUAUUCGUUUUGAUCUUGUAUUUUGCUGGUUAAGAAAUGAAUGGGGUUUUACUCUGA